AUGGACUGUCUGAUGUGUAAGAGAAUGUUUAGCACCAAACAAAGGCUGCAAUACCAUGUUCGGCAUGGAGUUUGUACAAAGAAGCCCGUUAGUAAGGCCUGUGAGAACUGUGGCAAGGAAUUCAGCACUCUUCAAAAGAUGCAGCAGCACGUAAGGAAGGAAGUUUGCAUACCCCCUAGUAAGAUCUGUGGGGAUUGUAAUAAGGAAUUCAGCCAUGUCCGAGGGCUGCGACAACACCAGAAAAAGGGCGUCUGCAAACGUAGAACUACUCAAUGUAGUUUCUGCGGUAAGGUACUUAGCAGUCGCCAACGCCUUCAGACACAUAAGGAGAAACAUGAGGGCAGUUACCGAUUCCUUUCUAGGGCGUAUGAUUUAGAAGGAGUGGAUUGUUACCAGUGCGGAGAUAUCUUAAGCAGAUGCAAACAUAAAGAGGAAUACCUAAGAAAUAGGAUAUAUUACCAUAGGAAGAUGAACCGCGCCUUUCCUUCCUUUGAACGUAUCGAAGGAGUCCCAUGGACCAACAGAGAAUAUUGGAGACAGGAGUGUGACCGCUGCGGAUGCGUCAGAGAAGAAGGGCACAUCCCUAAUUGUUUAACAAUUGUCUAA